AUAAAUAUUAUUAAAAUUAUGGAAAUGAUGACGGAGACAUCAAAGGAAUUCUUGAAUGUUAAAUGACAAACUGUUCAUCAUUCAUAGGCCGGAAAGGAUAAAGGCAUAGCUGAACGCUGGAGCUGUGUAUAAAUUCUGCUCAAUCGCUGCUUCACAUCUCACCAUUCACAGCACAAAAUUAAUUCACAAAUGGAUUCCCAAUCUCCUUUGAAGCUUCCAGUCAUUGAUUUCACUAAGCCGGAGCUAAAACCGGGCAUCCCUGAGUGGGAUUUGGCGAAAGGCCAAGUCCAACAAGCCCUUCAACACUACGGUUGCUUUGAGGCUUUGUUCGACAAGAUCCCUCUGGAGAUUAGGGAAGCAGUAUUUGGAGCCAUGGAAGAGUUAUUUGAUCUCCCCUUACACAUCAAAAGUCGCAAUGUUUCCGAAAUACCUUAUCAUGGGUAUAUUGGCCAACAUCCUAAAAUACCAUUGUUUGAGAGCAUUGGCUUUGAUGAUGCAGAUGUUAUCGAAAAAGCCGAAGCCCAGACUCGUACAUUUUGGCCUCAAGGAAACCCAAGUUUCAGCAAAACUAUACAAUCCUUCACAAAGCAAUUAACAGAGUUAGAUCAAAUGAUAAGAAGAAUGAUCUUAGAGAGUUUCCAAGUAGAGAAAUAUGUGGAUGAGCACAUGGACUCCACAGGCUACCUUCUCAAGGUAAUGAAAUAUGAAGGGCCAAAAACCAGUGGAACGCAAGUUGGACUAGGUGCUCACACAGAUCAGGACGUAGUGACCAUUCUGUACCAAAAUGAGGUUAACGGAUUGGAGGCAUGGUUAAAUGGGCGAUUGAAGGCUACUUAUCAUCGAGUGAUGAUGAGCGGAGACAAGCCAAGGUAUUCGCUUGGAUUGUUUACAGUCCCAAAAGCAGGUUACAUGAUAAAGGCACCAGAAGAGCUAGUGGAUGAAGCACACCCCUUGCUCUACAACCCCUUUGAUUACGCUCAAUUCUUGGGCUUCUACUUUUCCAACGAGGGUCGAUAUCAAUCUGGUCUUAAAGCUUAUUGUGGUGUCCAACACUAGGAUAGUCAUGUAAUAAUCAAAAUAAUAAGUUUUAGGAUAUCUUUAUCGGUGUGUUUCUACAUCGGUGCUGCUACCUAGCAUUGACCAGCUUUAGCGGUACUCAAAAACUGAGGUCUCUAUUUUUUUUUUUUUUAAUGGAACCCUAUGGGCUUCUUGUGAUGGUUGCAAGUUAUUUUAUUUCUUCAAUAAUCAAUCAUAUCUUGCUUUAA